GGUGGUAUGUUGUUGUGAAUAUUAAUCGACUGAAGUACAACAGUUGCAAUUUGAAAUCAGUUCAGUAUAAAAACAGCGGCGAAUUCGGAAAGUGUAUUACAACUCCUCCUAUCUUCACUGAAGACAGAAAAAACUUAAAUCCAAUCAAAAUGUUCAAAUUCGCCGCUGUUUGCUUGAUGCUCAUCGCUUCCGUAGCUGCUAAGCCCGGACUUCUUGCUGCUCCUUUGGCUUACUCCGCUCCUGUUGCUGCCCCCAUCGCCGCUGCCUACUCUGCCCCAAUCGUCGCUCCAUACGCCAGCAGCUACAAUGCUCACUCUAUAGCUCACUCCGCCGCUUUCCCAGCUGCUGUAGCUGCUCCAGUUGCUGCUUACACAGCCCCAAUUGCUGCUGCUCCAUUGGCCGCUGCUUAUGCUGCUCCAAUUGCUGCUCCAGCCCCGUUCUUGCUCAAGUAAACGGACUAAGUGGAAUUGAACAAAUGUUGACUUAGAACUGCUUAAAUAAAUUUUUCUAGUCCAGUGAAA